AGGAAGCUCUUCCGUUUUUUCUGACUCAAGAAACCGAAAGCUAGAAGCAUUGAUAGGAGGAGUCCUCUCUGUUUCCUCUCCUCUGUGGGUUCUGAGCAGUAUGAGACACCCAACAUUGCGCAACAUUUCAGAACACAAUAUCCUGCUGUUCAUUCUCUGAGAGCCUUGCUGAUUUAUUUUCCUAAUGCAAACAAAAAAAGCCCUGCUUCCUGCACUACUGAAGCUCUGAAGACCUGGACCACUGUUUUGAAGAAGUUUCCAGGAAGGAGGAAGCAAUUAUCGCUCCAGAUAUUUGAACAUUCCAGUCAAUUAGAGGUAUAUACAAAAAAACAGAAUCCUAAACUAAAAAGACUUGUAAGGCUCAUCCGUAACUUGAGAGAUGGUGAACGAAUACAAGAAAAUUGUCCUGCUGGUGGGGCUAGAGGCCAUUAAGGAUUAUGAAUUUAGAUUGAUUAAGUCCUUAUUGGCCAAAGACUUAAAACUGACUAGAAAUAUGCAAGAUGAUUAUGACAGAAUUAGGAUUGCUGACUUGAUGGAAGAGAAGUUCCAAAGGGAUGCUGGGCUGGGAAAACUGAUAACACUCUGCAAAGACAUUCCGGCGCUUGCAGACCUCGCGGAAACUCUUAAAACUCGGAGGUUGAAAGUUAAAAGCAAAUCCAAAGGGGGAAGAAAAUCCACAGGGAAAAAAAAAUCUACAGGGAAAAAAGUGGAGCAGGAUGAAUCUCCUACUGCCCAGUCCAGGUCCACAACAAACACAGAUUCGGAACCAGAGUCAGAGGAGGAGAUACCUUCGUUGAAGGAAAACGAAAUCAAGAACUCUGAAGACCCUGAGAGAACACAGCUUCCCCCAGAACAGGGUCGGUUUGUGGAACCUUUAGCCACCAGCGAAGAACAAACUGCGGUCUGUCCCCAGACUCUUCAUGGGCCUCCACCAACAUCAUCCAGCAGUCCUCCUAUCAAGCGACCCAACAUUGAGAAGUCUGUAUCUUUGGUGAAUGAGCAAGAAAAAAUUGCUUCAGAUCUUCAAGGCGGGCACGUAAGAGCACAAGAAAUGGACAACACAAACACCCAAACACAUGAUAACAUGAAGGUACAGGAAUCUCAGGGACAGCAUCAACUUCCAGAACUGUCAUCAUUUGCCACACAAACAACUGUGAGUAUGUUCCACACUUUUAAGAUGGCUCCCAGAACACCAUCCUGCAAUUUCCAGACUCUUCAGGUGACUCUAACAGAACCAUCCACCAGAAUCCAAACUCUGCAGAAUCCAGGAUUGACAACUAUACCUACGGAAGCUUCCGAAGAACGUGGUCACCAGAAGGGCCCCAAAGAAGUAGUGGUGUUGAAAGUAACAGAACCAUUUAUUUAUGAGUUCAAAGAAGGCGGGAAGAAGAUGUUUCAUGCUACAGUGGCCACUGAGAGCGAAUUCUUCCGAGUGAAAGUUUUCGACUUCCACUUGAAGGAAAAAUUCAUCCCAAAGACAGUUAUUGCCAUAUCCGAUUAUAUUGGCCGCAACGGGUUCCUGGAGAUAUACAGUGCUUCAAGUGUGUCUCACGUGAGCGCAGACAGAAAGAUGGAGAUCUCGAGUAGACUGAUUAAAAAUGCUAAUGCAACUCCUAAAAUUGAGUAUCUUUGCUCACAAUGUACAGUAAAAUAUGUGAAUGGGGUGUACACAGUGUAUAAGAAAGAUAUGAGGGAAGAUUGCACUUAUUAUGGAAUACGAGAUGAUACAGGGAACAUGGAAGUGGUGGUGUAUGGAUGGAUGACCUAUGUCAACUGUGAGGAAGGAGAUAAAAUUAAUCUCUUCUGUUUUGAAUUGGCUUUCAAUGAAGAUAAGUGGCAGCUUAGAUCUGUAAGGCACAGCUAUAUCAAGGUAAUCAAGGCCAGGAGAUUCAACAGAGGACAACUCAAUUGUAAUUCAAAUGUGGACACUUCACAAGAAUCCUCCUAAAAGCCAGGAUACCAUUGAUAACAGUGCUCAUGGAGAUGAGAUCCAAGUACAGAAAAAAGAUACAUAUUACAAUAUCAUACAUAUGAAACCCAGCUUUUGUGCUGAGGAUAUAGUUUAGUGGUACAGCGGUUUCCUAGCAAACAUGAGGCCCUGGGUUCAAUCCCCCGCACCACAAAAAUAAAUGAGUAAUAUGUGAAUAAAAACAAAAAUAGCACUUAAUUUUAGGAAAUAGGAAUUUAAGAAAUUAAUUAAAAGUCUUUCUACUUUCUA